AUGGGCAUUCCACACCUCAGGAAACACCUGGAGCCUUAUGCGCAGCGAGGCGCAAUCCAACCAAGCAGUCUGGUCAUUGACGGGCCUGCACUUGCAUAUCACAUCUUGAACCUGUGCCGAAUAAAAACUAUCAAGAACAGCCCCUUUGAGCAACCAACCUAUGAGCUGCUAAGUCGGAUUACCCUUGAAUGGCUUGACCGGGUCAGAUCGUGCGGCCUCACCAUUUCGAGGAUAUUUUUCGAUGGCUAUCUUCCCACGUCCAAGACGCAUGAGCGGACCAAGAGGCUCAUGAAAACCUCCAAGGAAUUGCAGGGCUUUCAUAGAAAACACGUAAACGGACUCGCGCAGGGCCGCCCCGGCUGGAAUUCCAACAGGAAAGUCGGCCUGUUUCCCGAGGCUCAACCGAGUCAAAACGGAGUGAGCCCACCUCCACCGGCCUUCUUCGUUCCGUCCAUCAUCGAUACUCUGAGACAGUCUGAGCAUUACGCCUCGCAAACAACAGUGGUGCCCGGAGAGGCCGACGUGUUCUGCGCCCAGUAUGUCCGGGAACAUGGCGGGACAGUUCUGACAUCUGAUUCGGACCUGCUCGUACACAAUUUGGGCCCCAACGGUAGCGUUGUCUUCUUCUCGGAUAUAGAAUGCAAUCCGGCCGGCACAGAGAUCACGGGCUUGCAAUUCAAGAGUGCCGACAUUUGUGAACGUCUCUCUCUUCAGCCUGAGGAUGGCCUUUCGUGUCUGGCAUUCGAGCUCGUGAUGGACCCACACAUCACGCUUGAGCAAGCAGUCUCGAAAGCCAAGAGCAAGCACUCGGUCGUCGCGUAUCCCGGCGCGCACAAGGAGUUUACUGAGCAAUAUCUCUCCCCUGAAACGGCGUCUCAGAUCCCGGUCGAAGCAUCCGUCACGUUGGACCCCCGGAUAUCAGAAAUCGUUCUUCGGUGUCGGGACGAGAAACCGGCCAUGUACCUUCCUUUCCUCUUGGACUCUCCAACUCGAACUAGUGCGUGGGAAUCGAGCAAAGACAUCAGGCAGCUGGCAUACGCUAUCCUACAGACAGUCACUGGAUCACCAAUACCGACGGUUGCCGAAUUCAGGAGGCUUGAUCAGCCGUCAGCAGGGACACCUGUCAAGGUGCCGCCUAUCUCGGAGGUCGAGAUGGACGCAGCUGUUCUUGAGGAUGUUUUGUCAUCGAUCAUCAAAGCCGUGAAAAAGCCCAAGGCAGUUUGGAUGACACUAUCGGUCUACCAAGACAUUGUCAUGACCACCAGCCAAGGGAAGGUCCAGCCACUCAGUUUAAAGGUACUCCAGCAAGCAGUUGAAGAGAAGCUCGACACCUCGUCUUGGGAAUCUGUACACUUCCUCGCGCAGUGCCAAGCGACCUACUACUCGCUCAGGAUGCUGCAACAAAUCAUGCAGCAUGCAGCUUCUCAGGGCAAGGGACUAUCGCCCGCUUUGAAGGAAUUGCAAGAUUGUUUGACCAGGCUUCCUUCUCUCCCGAAUUUCCCCACCAUCUUCAACUUCCCAGAGAUGCUCCGACUGAUCAUCGACAACGAGGGACUGUCCUGCUUGACCAAGAUAUGCGCCGACCAGGAUGAUAUGGUACCGCAGCUGGAGGCCAUCAUGCAACCUAAGAAGCAACCAAAGUCGAACAAGCGGAAGAACUCGCAAGAACCUGAGGCAAGGCCGCGCUCUAACAACCCAUUUGCGCUCUUGGAUGCAGAGUGCUAA